AUGACUGUCGUCGGGAAGCCUCCUCUAUUUUUCAAACUAAACUUUGAUGGAACAGUGAAGGGAGACUCAGAUGAUGUAGGAAUUAUCAUCAGCAACCAUGAAGGUCAUCUUCAACAAGCCAAAGCCAAAGCCUUCAACUUAGGCUACUCUUCAAUCCUCAUAGCUGAGGCUAUUGCUCUUCAUCAUGUUCCAAAGGUUUCCCUCCAGAUUGGUAUUCGUCAUAUUCUUGUUGAAGGUGACAACUUAAAGGUGAUCAACUCCUUAUAUGAUACGUUGGCGGUUCCUUGGAAAAUUGCAAGCAUUGUUGAUGAUUGUAAAAUCCUACUCACUCAGUCACUUUGCCUCCUUUAA